AUGUCGGGAAACAGCCUUCUUGGCUGUGUGGCUAAUCGGGUGGCGCCGUACCUCUUGGUUGAGCAACGCGAUGACCCUGACGCCUUUCUCCGGCAUCUGCAGCUCGCCUCAGCACAGUUUAUUUCUCGCUUCUCUGGAAGCGAUAACAUCUUGACUCGGUAUACGCUACCAAAGGAACAGAGACAGACGGAAGCUGCAGCAAUUCCCAAAGAGAAAAAUUCAGAAGUGAUAGUCUCAGUUGAAGAGAAGGAGAUUUAUGAGACAUAUCCACUACAGACGGCCCUUUGCUUCGCACCGGGGGAGAAUGAAUCGAGUAACCAGAUGCAUCUCUUUGAGUUGAACAUAUUUCGAGCGCUGUUGCGCCGUCCUCGUCAGGAUUACGCGCACACUAUGUUCUGGAGUGCUCUAAUCGAGAAGCUGGAGGAGAUAGAUUUUUACAAACUCAUGCAGACGAACAUUGCGAGACUCUGGGCGGCGAUCGCAGAGCAGCUACAUGAGCCGGAGGCGUUGAACUGGCUGCGUGUCCUUCAGCUUUCUUGUGAUGUUCUGCUGCUGUUCAGCGAGCACGCUGCGCGCCUUGUGCCCAGUUCGGGCGUGCUUCACGAGCUCACUACUUUGGCACAGACGAUGUGGAUAGACGAUGCCCCUUUGAUACUGCGCCGAUGCGCCGUUUUGAUUUCCGCUUUAUUGGUAAAGUUCUCAUCUUCUCUACCAUUGGAAGUGUUGCGUGCUCAAGGUGCACGGAGCCGUGAUGCACCUCAUCAGUUGGCCGUCCUUGCCAACGUACCCGCGCUGUGUGAAAAGAGUAAAAAUAGUGCCGAAGGACUCCGUAUGGCGCUAGAGAUUGUUUUCACGACAAGUGUGUACUCCAUUCCCAUCGCAGCGUACUUCCGCACUGACGGUGACAUCUCAUCCACGCUGCCCUUUGUGCAGCAGUGUGUUGCCUCUAUUCUCCAUCGCCUGAUCGCAGCGGUGUCAAGCGAAUUCUGGGGAUACUUCUCGCAGGAGUCAUUGCUCUCUCUGGUGGAGGCGUCAGCGACGUACGCCUGCCUGUGGGACUCACUUCCAGCUGGUAUGCACACGCUACAGCGGCAUAUACACAGCCUCCUUGCAGAGAAGAGCAAUGCCUACACAUCUUCGUUGCUUAUGUACUGCACGACCGCCUGCGCAUAUCACUGCCGCCUCAGUGAGCUGGAGGAUGAAAACCCACUCCACGGUGCAGAUGCGCCACGGCCCAUCGUCGACGCUUCACUGGGUGUGGAGAGUGGUGUAGAGGACAAUGGUGCUGUACAUAAUCACGCUACAGGAAACCUCACCGUGACGGCUGAGGGAUCACCAGUGAAGAGGGUUUUUCGUCUGCUGACAGCAGGGUGGAGUUCUUUCCGUGGUGACGACCGGGUACUUGUGCGGAGUGCGCUUGCCCUUCUUCAUGCGCUGCUCUGCAAUUACCCACACGAGCUGAAGGAUUUGGAGCGGUUGAUUGGCCGCGAUGUUCAAUCACUGUUUCGUCACUUUGUCACCACGCUUUUGAAGGAACGUGCCGAGGAUGCAAGCCUUGUCGAAGUUGUGUACCGCAUGAUUGCACAAUUUCACGGGAUGCUUGGCAAUGUUGCUUACGUGGCUUCUAACAUUCUCCUUCCUGACGUAAUGAAGGGUGUGGGUUUACGCCAUGAGACAACUGGGGUAGCACAGCUCCAGCUGCACCUGUACAACGCAUUGCUUCAGGCCUAUGAGGGUGUUUUGCCGCCUAGCAGAAUUGUAGAGGCCAUUAUGCAUAUUCAACCCGGCGCUAUUUCACGUCUUUCGUUGUCUAUGCCAUUUUUCGUUCAAUGGUUAUCGAUUGUGCAGGCGACGCUGUUAGAUGAAGCAUGCCCACUUAGCUCACUGCUAUCCUUUGGGGGGUCGCUAGGUAGGUUGAUUCAUUGUCUCUGCGAGGGAGCCUAUGUUCUUAUGCGGGAACUUCAAGCAGGGAAUGUCAUCCUCUGCGGUGCUCCAGUUGUGCCGCUCUUGGAAGUCGUGAUUCGUAUUCUUUCCGCUGCUGUUCUUGAUGAGGGAUGCCAAGAUGUGUUGGCAACGUGUGUGAUUACGGUACACGGCGAGAGCACCCUCUCUGCAUGCUUCAUGCUGUACUGUUUGCUGUUUUCUGCCAACGCGAAAGCCCCUUUGGUUGAGUCCACAGCGGGACUCUUGACGUACGUGGUGGAGAACUCAAAAGAGAAACUUUUUACCACCAUGCGCUUUCACACCUCUACAGAGAUGAAACGGAACCUAUUGCUUGCUGUGUACCGACGGAUGCAGCCACCGACGAGAUGUGUGCCCGCCACAAACGUUAUACGCUUGGCAUCCCUUCGCUAUCUUCUUCGCUGCGACCCCGCAUCUUUUUUUUUCCUGGUGGUUCCAGAGGAGCUGGAGAAAGUACAAUCGGGUCUGCCGCUCACACGCAUCCUGCGCGACACGGUGAAAUGUCACGAAGCCACAGCGUUGGAGAAGGCAGAAGCUCUUGCGUUGCUGAGAGCCCUCGACGACGUCGCCUUCUCUAUUCCUGAAGUCACAUCCCUGUUGUCGAACACUGAGUGUGGUUCAGCGUACACUCGAGCUGCCUUCACAGCAGCUGUGACGAACUACGUCUGCGGGGCCCUUCUUGGUGAACUUCGUACCGGUUGCAGUGCUUCAGCUAAAUCCCCGGAGCGGGGACCGCACCGCAGCCCUAGCCGGCCACCAACACAUCCUGCAAAGGGCAAGGUGAUUGCAGCGCACCCAGAGGAAAUUCAUGUGAUGAUUGACGAGGGCUGCAAGGCGUUGUCGCAAUGUGUGAAGUCCUGCCAAUCGAUAAAGAAAGAACUUCGGUAUUCCGUCAGCGGUGAGGAAUCGCUUUAUACUACGCAAAGCCAAAGCAAGGAUACGCGUCAGCUGAUCGUUUCGCGGGCACCAAAAAGUGCAUUAUCAACAGUCGUCACUACUCGUCGCUAUGGGGCACUUGCGGUUUCCGAUUUUGCGUGGCAAGAGAAAACGAAAAUCAAACCCCUUUUACUUGGUGAUGGUUUUCUUUUAGAGGAAGGGGAGGGAGAUGUGUACUUAAAUCAAAUGGCAUCUGUUUUGGAGUCGACGAUGCAGCUCACCCUGUCCCUGGAGACAUUGGUGUGGCUGACAUAUGGGGAAAGGGACGCUUACCCUGUCUCAGUCAAGCUUCUAGAGAUGGCGCUUGGUGGUACGCAGAUGGUGGAGCCUACAGCAGCUCCGCUGCGGAGCUUGAUGUGGUCCUGCUUGGACGGUUGGCUUGCACUUGCCCGCGCAGCAACGGCUGUGAUUACGCAAGCCUCCUCCGAUACUAUAAUCUCUCUCUCCACGAGUAAGCUAAAUCCUCUUUUCCAUCGCUUUGUGAAACUGAUGUUGUGCCAUCGUGGGAGCAUUGAAGUUGUUUGUCAGGGAUUGGGCAUCCUGCGGAUGUUUCAACCUUUCGAUGCGGCUGACGAGGCGGCCUUGAUAGAAAUCUUCGAGCUUAUUGCAGAUGUUAUGGAGAAACAUGCCAGCAUGGGACCCUCAAAUGUACUCUUUGAUUUUAUUACAGAGAGUAGCGCUAUUUAUAAUCGGUUGGGCAGUUGCUGUCCUCUGCGUUGCGCAAUCCGUACACUGGAAAGCUUAUGGGCAUAUGCAACUCAUGUGUCGCAUUUAAUUCCAGCUACAGAGCCUGGUUCUUCUUUGUGUGAUAUUUUCGAUCACGUUGUGGAUGCCGUAAAUAAUGUUCUGCUACACUGUGGAGGUGUAUCAAUCUAUUUCUCUCACAAGCAUGUGAUGGCGCUGGCUAAUGCACUCGGACAAUUUACUGGAGCAGCCUCAUACAAUUCUGUAGCGAAUGUGUAUGAGCCACAGGCGUGGCAUCGAGCAUGGCUUUCGGUGCUUGGUCUGUUGCACACGGUGCUGGCCAGCUGUGAUACGGUGGGGCCCAAUCAAACCGAGUGGUUGACAGCCAUUUCCACAUUAGCUACCACAAGCCCACGGUUUCGGGAUGCUGUGUCUGGGUUUAUGCUCUUCAGUACAACGCAGGAGCCAAAACCAUUCUCAUGGGAGCUUCGUGAGAUGCAGGUGUGUAUGUCGAUCAUCGCGUUACUAGCCAGUCUUGGAGUUUCUGUGGCUGCGAUAACUCCGCUCGUGCGACGCUGUUUUUGUCGCAUACGCCGCUUUCAGAUCCAAACCAUGUUGGCACCAGAAGGAGGGAUGGACGAGCGAUCCAUUGAACUCCUACUUGUGACAACCGUUCGCCAUCAGCUUUCCUACCUAAUUCAGCAGCCCCCACCGCCCGUUUUUCUUGAAGAUGACUCUGUCAUUGUCACCAUUGAGCGUUUCCAUACUUCUGUGGGUAGUGCAUCAAUAUCAACCAACGGGUUGCUACAACAACGUCGAGGAGUAGGUGACGAAACAUCACAGCAGGAGGAGCAGUUGUCGUUCGAUUCACUACGUUCCUUUAUUCUGCGCGAACUGAACAUAAUUAGGAAAAGCCAUCGUGACAGCUCUUGCGGUGCGAGCACCACUUUCUCACCGGAACAUACUCCUUCGCUCCACUCCAGUUUUGGCGCCACCAGCGCCGAGAGCCUCGCUGAGGUCGAUCUUCGUGAGGGUGGCUGCCAGUACAUUGGGCCGCACAUUGACAAUGUCCAGCUGGCACUUGGUCUUUUUGUGCGGUACGCCCGGUUUCACUUGAACAUGCGUAGUCUGAACCUUUGGGAGCGUCAGGAGCUCAGUGUGACGCUGGAGAAACUCCUGCAUGCACUGAAUCGAUUGAUUCACGAUGUACGGCGUCUCGAGAACACCAGAUUAACGUGGGUGCUAGAGACGGUGCAGGAGGAUCUGCAGGGCCUCGCGGGGAACCUGCAGGGCUGCUGA